GACGACGACACCUGCGACCGUAUAAACCGACUCAUCAGUGCUGUCCUCAUCCUUCUUUUAGGUCUCGUAGUCAGCGCUAGGCAGUGUCUAGGCGAGGCCAUCUACUGCUGGUGCCCAGAAAUUUGCGCUACUAACCACGAAAAAUACGCCAACCUGAUGUGUUGGGUCGACGACACCUACUUCGUCCCAUUUCUAGACAGGAUCCCACACCCAGAGGAAGUUAGACAGAGAAAGAUAACUUACUACCAGUGGGUUCCCAUCAUCUUGAUGCUCCAAGCCCUCAUGUUCCUGGCUCCAUGGAUCGUUUGGAGGGUCCUUGCUGGCAGGGUAGGGAUCAAAUUGGGAAACAUCAUCCAGGCGGCUUGCAAGUCCCAACUGUCUGAUAAGUGUGAGGAGAGAGAGGCGGCACAUAAGUUUGCCUUCUACCUCCUCAACAGGUUUCACCACCACCAAACGUCACCACCACUACCACACCUGAUAUCCCCAUCGAAAUGUUUCAGCAACACAUGCCACUUCUUCAAGCCACACCUCUUCACCAGCUACAUCGUCGUCAAAAUCCUCUACCUAACAAACAGUGUAGGACAGUUAUUUUUACUGGACAAAUUUUUAGGUGUGGAGUUCUAUACAUUCGGCUACCACGUUCUCACGUUCCUGAUCGCCAACCGCCAGUGGACACCCACCGAUCGAUUUCCACACGUUACGAUGUGUGAUUUCAGAAUCCGCCAGAGCACAAACGUGCACCAAUACACCGUUCAGUGCGUCCUUCCAAUAAACAUCUUCAACGAAAAAGUCUUCACCGUCAUCUGGUUCUGGCUGGUUAUCGUCGCAGCCAUCACGCUGUGUUCGCUGCUUGGCUGGGUAUGGUCUAUGACUCUAGGAACGACGAUUUCUGAAUACGUCAAAGAGAAUUUAUCCGUUUUAAAUAUGUACAUAGCCGAGGACCAAGUAGAACUUCAGAGUUUAGAAAUAUUCGCGAAGAAGUACAUUGGCCGCGAUGGCAUGUUCAUUUUGAAAUUAGUGGCGAAAAAUUCUGGUGAGUUAGUAGCUGCUGAGCUGUUGCAGUCCUUGUGGGCACACUAC